UCCUGUCAGACCUCCUUGUUAGUCAGUUUACCUUUACACACCUCCCUGAAUCUGUGAUUGUGGAUAUACAUACAUGCAACGCUGAGGAAGAAGUGAUCUGCAGAUUUUGAAGGACCAAAGAGCCCUUUCUAAAGGGACAACAAGUACUUGUUGGAGGUUCUGACUGGAUUUACUAAUGCAUGAGCCAUGACUCUGUUAUAUUCUUCACCGACACAGAUGGCUGUGUAGUAGCUCUGCACUAAUACAAUUUCAAUCCAAAUCAACAUACAAAACAACUGUGCCAACAAAAUGCAGAAGCAAGUGGAGGUCAGGAUGAAUGAGCCCCAAAUGGAGCCCAUUGUGGAUGCUCCAGAGGGUUGGUGUAGCAGUUUUUGCGAUAAAGUCAUGAAGAACAUGGUUCUAACUCUCACAAUCCUUGGUGUGUUUCUGGGUUCCAUUGCUGGAAUGCUGCUGCGGCACAUAUCGCCUCUCCCUCCGGAUGUUGUUAUGAUCAUCGCCUUCCCUGGAGAGAUCCUGAUGAGGAUGCUGAAGAUGCUUAUAUUGCCCCUUGUUGUUUCCAGUCUGGUCACAGGACUAGCCGGUUUGGAUGCCAAAUCCAGCGGCCGCUUAGGCACCAGGGCCAUGGUGUACUACAUGUCGACGACGGUGAUAGCAGCCGUCCUGGGAGUGAUCCUGGUGCUGCUAAUCCAUCCUGGUAACCCCAAGCUGAAGGCUAAUCUUGGACAUGGAAAAAAGAACGACGAGGUGUCUAGCGUGGACGCAUUCUUCGAUCUCAUCAGAAAUCUUUUUCCAGAGAACUUGGUGCAGGCCUGCUUUCAGCAGAUCCAAACAGUGAUCACCAAAGUACCAGUGCCCACUAACAGAACUAAAGCACCUCCACAAUUCACAGUUAAAAGGUCGCUUCAGUUCAAGGGUGGGAUGAACGUCCUGGGUUUGAUUGGAUUUUUUGUCGCUUUUGGAGUUAUUAUGGGGAAAAUGGGAGAAAAGGCCAAGCUGAUGUUGGAGUUUUUCAAUGUACUGAAUGAGAUUGUAAUGAGGCUUGUUGGCGCAAUUAUGUGGUACUCCCCUAUUGGUAUUGCCUGCCUCAUCUGUGGCAAGAUCAUCUCCAUUGCAGAUUUGGAAGUGGUUGCGAGGCAGCUGGGGAUGUACAUGGUAACUGUGAUAGUGGGUCUCAUCAUCCAUGGAGGCAUCUUCCUUCCGCUGAUAUAUUUUGUGAUAGUAAGACAAAACCCCUUCACUUUCUUCAUGGGAAUAUUCCAAGCUUGGGUCACGGCACUUGGAACAGCGUCCAGUGCCGGUACCUUGCCUGUCACGUUCCGAUGCCUAGAGGAUAACCUGGGCAUCGACAAGAGAGUAACACGCUUUGUCCUCCCAGUGGGUGCCACCAUCAACAUGGACGGCACGGCGCUUUAUGAGGCUGUGGCUGCCAUCUUCAUCGCUCAGAUGAAUGGGAUCAAACUCGACUGGGGCCAGAUUGUUACUGUCAGUAUGACAGCCACGCUGGCCAGUGUUGGAGCAGCCAGUAUCCCCAGUGCUGGACUUGUGACAAUGCUUCUGAUCCUCACAGCGGUGGGUCUGCCCACUGAGGACAUCAGCCUCCUGGUUGCUGUCGACUGGCUGCUGGAUCGUUUCCGUACCUCAGUUAAUGUGGUUGGCGACUCCUACGGAGCAGGUAUCGUGUACCACCUUUCCAAGCACGAGCUGGACUCCUUCGACCAACAGGCCCGGAUCGAUGAACUUGAGAUGACAAGGACACAAUCCUUCUAUGAAAAUAACAGCAACCAGAAUGUUUACACUAACCACAACUCAAUCUUGAUAGACGGCUGCAAGUUAGACGAUCUCGAUAACUGCUUACAGGUCACCAUGGGCAAAAAUGGCAACACUGCAGGGUUCUCUCUUGUUGAGGAAGGACCAUGGAAAUUCGAGUGAAGCAGAUCCAGUGCUGCUGCGCCUUACCCUGAGUUCCAACAGCUUUUACUUUCUGCCAACACAACUAUAAAAAUCAACAACAAAACAUCACAAAAAAAAACGAAGAAUAAAAAGUGAAGUGUUGGACACCCAACCCAUCUGGGUAGCUACUGGAGCAGACUACAGAUCACUCCCCAAAUUGUAUAAGAUCUUGCAUUUGCACUAACUUGACACCAACUGUAAUGAACUGGUGCAUUUCAUGCACUUUGAAGAAUAAAUCGUUCAGUUGACUACACUCAGGGCCUUACUUGGUGCUGCUGCAAGCUUCCUGUUCUGUCAACGAGAACAACAACUCUUCAACCUAGUGCAACAUCUCUUUUUUCUAUUAAAGCAUUUUGUAGCUUAAAGGGCAGAGAGAUGAUUUGUGGAUGAUGGCCUUGCCAGUUACAUUUAAAACAAGGACCAAGUAAGAGAAGAUGUAAAGGUUGGUGUUAAUGAGUCAGAACAAAUGAUACGGAUCAGACUUCAUUACUGAAUGCUUUGUGACUAUCAAUGUAUAUUUGUGUAUUUCAGUAUUCUGUGAUGUUCUGUGUUCUUAGAAAAAGCCCAUAAACACUGGACCAAAGGUUCAAAAUAAUGCAAACUGGGUUAAUGAAAACAGAACCGAGCUUCCUGCCGCAUUAUGAUGUACGUGAUGGUUAAACACUAAGUUACCUUUGACUAUUUGUCUUAUGGGAUUACAUCUUGAUGUCACACACACCUGACCAAGCCUAAGAAGCGAAGCUUAGGACUUAGAACAUAAGAGCAGAGGAUGUGACCUCUAAAUGUUGCAACAGACAGUACAGGGUGUGUGGCAGAGAGCCGUAAGGCAGAAAAUAGAGAAUGUGAAGGGGGCCCCCGCAGUUAUUUAUUACAAUGUUUUUGUAUGCAUGUUCUUUAUGUGUAAAGCACUGAGUUUCUGUUUGUAGUCAAAAACUUAUGCCUGUGUACUGGGAUUUAUGUGUGUUCAUGUGUGUUCCUGAGAGGAAGGGAAGGAUUAACAGGGAAAGAACGUUGAAGGUUCAACAAGAGAGAAAAAAAGGUUGGGCGUCUCUCAAACUCUCAGCAGGCUAUAGUGCAUUGCUCUGUGUUUUCUUUCAAACUGUUUAUUUCUUUGCUAUAUUGACAACCUUGCCUUGACGAUGUCAACUGCAGAGUGCAGUCAGUGUGAUGACUAACACAUUUCCGGAUAAAAGUUACCACUAUUCAUUUCAAAUAGAAUAUUGGGACUCACAUUUUAGUAGAAGAAGUAAAUAUUGUCACCUACCAGCUUUACUACACUUAAAGCGAGGAUGGCUGGGCCUUCCUUACAAGAUAUCACAUAGAUUUUGCGCAUUGUAGUGUUUACACCGCAGAUUUACAUAGGAAUAAAAAGCUUGUAAUUACAUGUAUGAGUUAAUUAGCUGUGUCGUCUGUUUAGCAAGUGCAAACUAAAUUCUGCCUCCAGCACUCGCAUGAAUCUAAAGCCGUGACAACAAGGUCAUUGGAUGUUGGCUAAACAUGUUUUUGAGUCAUCCACGUAGCAACAAAUCAGUAGCUGAGUGUAGUUCAAACCAAGGUUCAAACAGGAUAAUUGGUUUCUUUUUUUCAUAUGAGCGUCGGCUAAUCUAUUCAUGUUUAAAGUGCCUCCUUGCACUUUGUGUAUAUAGUCUCCUUAGAUAAAGUGUAUAAUGUAUAGGAUUUAACAUGUUAUGUCAUCUAUCAGACUUGUUUUUGCUAUGCUAAAGGUUUCUAUAAAGAGUAUAACUAUAUACUUGUACGCAAUAGUGUUAGUACAAUGUUAUUUUUCCUUUUAUGGGCCACUCGUCCCAAUAGGAUGUGAAUUUAGGGUUAUGUAUUUACAUACGAUGCAUUCAAGUGAUCUGAUUUUAAAGAAACAAAUUUCUGUCAAGGAAGAAAGUUGAAUAUUUCUCCCCUCUUUGCUGAGUGAAUGUUGUUACUGAUAUGAGAACAUUAUGGCAGUUGUGUGAAAGCCAUCCAGUGUAUGGCUCAAGCACCACCUUCCUCUUAAAUGGAGUAUUGCUCAGUUAUCAGCAUACCCAGAUUCAUGUCAAAAACAUGUUAUCUAUUAAUUCAUCACAUCACUUUUCCAUCUUUUGCAUUUGUUGUUGGGCCUUGAUCUUAAAAGGAAUGUGUUCUUAGAAGUGGCCUAGCGAAGCAGGUGUUUUCUAUGACCAGGUGAAAGUGUACAAUCUUUAGAUGAAACAUAUAUUUUCUAUCUUUCUUUUUGAUUUCAUGCACAUAUCGGUCCAAGAAUGUAUUGAAUGUUGUCCUUGUGUCUGUUCCUUGUGAUGCAGAAUGUCUUUUGACUUUGACUAAAUGCAAGCAGGAUUGAAUGCACUUGUAUUAAAUUAACUAUGACAGAGCACAAACAAUAUUUGACAGGCACAUGGACUGACAGUGUGUCAAUGUUUAAAUACUUGUGUGUAAAUAUUAAUGGAACAAAUAAAUGUUUAUUGA